AUGCAUGGCUUAUUCGACUCUACCCUCUUCGUGUCGGCCGAAAAACGCUUUUCUUCCAGUACCAGUUUUUCAAUUUCUAACGGCCUUUGCUGUAGUCCUUCUCCCAAGCGUUGUACUCUAUCGCGUAGCCGAGAUCGAGCCGAUUCGAGAUCCAACAGAUGUUUGUAUCCACUGCCAGAACUAGACAGUCCUAGAGACUGUCAACGCCUGCCCCUAAGCGUGGCAGUGAGGGCAGUGAGGGCAGUCAGGCACUCAAAGGUUCCAGACGCCACAAAGAUGGCUUGUUGCUGUAAAGGCAAAUCAUCCAAAGUUUCAACAAGCUGCUUGGGGCGUUGCUAUCUACCGAAACACAAAUGCUUAUACAGGGAUGAUAUUAAGACCGGACCUGUUCCAAAAUACAUGGGAUGGCUUUACAACGCAAAAGAUUCUCCUGAACACCAGUUAAGAUGUGGCUGGCGCCCAGGGCACAUAUCGUGCCCUGUACUCAAAAAGAUCGAGCAGCACAACUGUUGGACGAAAGGAGAAUGCACACCGUGUUCAUCGAGAAUAUGUCCAACACCAAGUUGCUCCAAACCGUGCUGCCUACCAAUUAGUUGCGUGCGACCACCGCCAUGUCCGCGAGUGCCAUCAUGCGGGCGAUCACCGUGCCUAUCUUCGUCGCCAUCUUGUUGCAGAUUACCUUGCCCCACUGGCCAAGCUAUCAUAAGAAUCGCUAGGCACUGUGGAAACUAUACCAUAUCUACAAAACCAUCUAAUCUGAACACUUCACCUUCGGGACAGUCCCCACUGAAAUAUGUCCUUAACGUUGAUGAGGAACCUGGACCGCCUGGCGAAAAAGCAAAAUUUAGUGUAGAAGCAAAGUACAAUGACUAUCAUUUUGAUUAUACAAGUUCACAAUCGUCUUUUGUUCUAGACUUCACUCCGCCAGAACAAAGAUGUGUCAAACCUUGCCCUAAAAAAGUUAUAACACCUUCACCAAGUCAAACAGAGACAGCAGCCACCGCUAAAUAA